AUGAAUGAUAGUUUUAUAGCCAGUGUUCAAGAAGACAAAAAUAAUGCUAUAGAUGUUUCUGAGCUUAUUCCAGAGGACUUCACGCCUCCAAAGAAGGGGCCACAGAAAGACAAUUACAGUGGAUUCCUCUACAAAGCUGGUGGGCUUAAAAGAAAUGGCAAUUCUUUAGACCUCAUGGAUCCCAAUAUCGUUAUCAAGCCAGAAAUUGAAGACAUGCCGACAUGUAGUGCUCUUGCAAAUCAAAUUGCAGGGGCCAGCAACGCUAAUCUUACAAGUUCAUUAACAUUUGAAGCCCUGAAUAGUCAUCAAGCAAGCCAAUUAAACUUGACUAAUUCACAGGGGAAUUCUGCAUCCACACCUUCCUAUCUGCCUGAUACCUCUGCUGGAACGAGUGGUG